UUCCCGGAGACAAGAUGCGCCCCACGUGGGUUACAAAGGUAACAGAUCCUCAGUCCUGCAAGCAGUGCAGGGACAAUUCUGUGAGUAGGUGCCCUGCUCAGGCACAGUCCUGCCCUGCCGGUCAGAGCUCCUGCCUCAGUGUCUGGGAAGCAAACACGCUGGUCAAAGGAUCUGUGGAAAAUACAGGCUAUUCCUACUCCUGCGUCCCCUCCACCAUCCCCUCCAGGAACAUCUCCCUCUUCUUCGGGAACGGGGUGUAUGUGAAGAUUCAGUCCCAGAACUGCUCUACGAACGGCUGCAAUACGGCAUUCCCUCCUGUCUGGCCGAUCAUCAACUCCGUCUACACGGGAGGCCGGUGCCCGAUCUGCUUUGCCCCGGGCCGGAGCAACUGUUCCAGCGAGGAGACCCUGCAGUGCGAGGGCCGCGCCAGCCAGUGCAUUUCCAUCAGCGGGCAGAUCUCGGAAGAUGACAUCACGAUACCCUUUGCAGCCAAAGGCUGCGCCACCCCGCAUGCCUGUGAACUCAAGAAGGGAGAGAUUCUGGAUUCAGGAGUGUUCACCUACAAAAUAACCCAGACUGAGUGUUACACACCCAGCGGCGCUCAGCGGAUCCUGGGCCCCCUCGGCCUGGGCAGCGUCUUGCCUAGUCUGGCUGGGCUCCUGGCAGUGAAAUUCCUCUCCUGA